AUGCUGCCUAUUCCUCCAAGCUCUGUUGGAAAGUCUAGUCAUGACCAUGAUAGCAGCAAUGAACUUCGACCUACUUGGUUGCUCAUCCAGACACCACCUAGCUCUCCACCUGAACUACCACAGAGUUACUGUGACAGCAAUGACAGGAUUCAAAAACAUGGUGGCCAUCCUACAAUAGGACAUUCCCAGCUCAAAGUACACUCCAAACAUCAUCGGUCACCCUCAUCUGACAACACCUCUCCUGAUUCAGAAAACAAGCUCUUUGCAUUCCCGUGCAUAUCUCCCAUAAUGGACUGCCUGCCUAGCCUUGCAGAGUGUGCACAGAAAAGGUUUAGGCCUUUUGAGCAGUCCCAUGGUUUGCUGCCUAAUGCAUUGAAACUCCAGUUUUCUCGAAGGUGUCUUGAAUCUGGCAAGACUGAUAUGAGUCUAGCAGAUAUCCAAGAGGGCAAAGACAUCCUCAUGCAGUGCCUGAAACUCAUGCCCAAGAAUAUCAUCAGUCAAGCUCUCAUUGCAAAGGAAGCUGAUUGCAAAUACAAGUGUUUGUGUACUCUGGCAAUGGCUUGGGUGGCUGAGGUGAGGGCCCAAGACAAGCAACUUCAUGAAAUGCUUAUCAAAGAGGAAUUUGCAAAAUAUGCUGUUAGCAUCACAGAGACUUCCAUUCUCUGGAGGGUCUUGGUUGGAUGUAGUGUGGAGGAGCUUGAUGCUGAUGCAGACUUCUGCAUUGGUGCAUACAGUCACAAUUUUUGGUCGUUUUCUGUUGCCAACUCCACCCUCAAUCAGAUUGAGGAUGCUGCUUCGUGUCUUUCUGAGUCCAAAGAGAAAUCUCAUGCUGACUCAGCUUCCUCUGACUUUGACAUUGAUGAUUGA